GUAUUAUAUUUUAGUGAUUAAAAUUUUAUCCUUUUAUAAUAAACACUGCUGAGUAUAUUUUCAUUUACACUGAGUAAUUACAUAAAGUGAGUGUUUUAUCCCUUCUGAAGUAAAAUAACAGUAGUCAUGGCGUGGGGUCUACCGAAGCUCCCGGGCUACACGUUCUCCGACCCAACGCGUGGGUCGCACCACCUGAGGAGCUCCAUGCGCUUCUACCAUGGCUACAUGAUGCCAGACACCCUGGUGCGUGGGCCCGGUGGUACCGACACCGACGUCGACAGUAAUGCCUUCGCGCUCGCCGAUGACAGCCUCAACUAUGAUCCUUCCCUAACUUACGGUCGGGUGAAGCAGAGCGCCCCACCCGCGGUGAUCCCGCACUGGGUGCACUACAACAAGCGGUGUCUCAACUUCACUGCGUUCUUCAAGCAGCCCGUGUUCGAUGACCCCCUCGAGAACUACAGAGUCAGGGUUGUCAACAUCAUCUACUUCCUGGAGGACGAUACGCUCACUGUCAUUGAACCGAAGAUUAGGAACUCUGGUCUCUGGCAAGGCAAGCUGGUGAAGCGGGGCAGGAUACCCAAGAAUGACCUGGGCGAUCCCUGGCACUGGAAGGAUCUGGACAUAGGCAAAGACAUCUGCAUCUACGGUAAAGUCUUCCACACCGUGUCCUGCGAUUUGUAUACUAGGGAAUGGCUAGAGUCACAAGGAAUUGAAUUGUCCAAAGAGGAGGAACUGCCGGAGGACGCGUACACGCAAAAGGAGAGAUGGAAGAUGGUGAAACCCCCACAGAAGGCGAGAACCCACGACGAUCCCGUACGCCGGUUCCUGGAAUACGAUGGGAAAGUUCUCACGUUUAAUGUAGUCUGGGAUGAUCGCGAUUCGGCGUUCGGCGAGCUGGCUGAAUACAAGUUGUUUUAUUACCUCCAGGAUGAUACCAUCGCUAUAAAGCAGUUGCAUGAUGGUCGAGGAGGCAAGGAUCCAUUCCCGAUGCUUCUUACAAAAAGAAAAGUGCCCAAGAAGUGGAAGGAAAGACCAGUUGACUUCCCCUCCAUCCUCCUGGAGACGAGCGACGCGGAGGUGACGGAGUACUACUCGCCCAGGGACCUGAUAGUCGGCCAGACGCUGUACAUCCUCGGCCGCAGGUUCCUGAUCUUCGACUGCGACCAGUUCACCAGGAAGUAUUACAAGACUAUGUUAAAUAUUGAACAGCCUGAGCGCAUCGAAGUUAAAACAGAAACAAAGAGAGAAAUACCGAAGAGUCUACCACCUCACAUCGGUAUCGGCACUCCUGAAGACACGCUGCAGUCUUGCUUCGGGCUCAUACCUAAACCACCGCAGAAGGACAUCAUUAAAUACAACCUUAAUGCUAACAAGUACCUACGCUACCUCUGCGAGCUCGACUGGAUCCAUCCUGAAGACAAGGACAGGCAGUUCGUACUCAAGUACAGUCUGGCUGACGGUACCGUGAAGAUAGGGGAGAUACCGCGCCGGAACUCCGGCAUACGGGAGGGAACGUUCCUCCAGUCCAUGAGGCUGCAGACUCCGGAGUCGGACCCCAACUUCCCGACGUAUUAUACGCCGGAUAGGUUCUAUAUCGGUGCGGUAAUACCGGUGUUCAAGCACCGUUUUAGGAUCACGGGGUGCGACCUGUUCGUGUACCGCUACAUGAGCGCCAAUCCGCACAAGUUCCCGCGCGAUGUGAUCGACAACGUGCGCAACUACCACGUCAGACAGGGAAACCUGAGAGAGGAGCUGGAGGAAGCGACCCGUGAUGAGAUCGCUCGGGAGACGCGCGCGCAGCUGGCCAAGAUCGGCCAAUCGGCGGUGGCGGAUCCGGACUCGGUGCAGCGCUGCCUCACCGAACUCAACGUGGUCGAGGGCGAGGCGGCGCCGCCUCGUACGCCCACGCCGCCCACGACUACCGACCAGAUCACGUACGACGAUGCGCUAAGGGUGGCGAGGGCGGGAAAACUCGGCAACGACGAAGUCAUCCCACUUAAGGGCAUACUCAAAUCGGGCACGGCGACCGACGAGCACCAAAAAGUGGUGUGCUUCACCGCGCCCGCGCCUCGCGACCACGACGACGCUGCGUCGCUCGACGCGCGACCACGAUACGAUGAGGCCAAGGACUUUUGCGAUAGAUAUAAGGACCCGGAGGCUGAGCAACGUGCGGAGAGGCGAGCUAAAGACAUCUGCGCUUACGACAUAAUACCCGCGGACAGAACUGAAUAUGGUGACGACGACGUAGGGAGGGAGAACUCGCUGCCGGGGUACUUGGGGACGUACAACGUGGACUGCAAACAGGUGCCAGAGUACAUGCGUUUGAACCCCGACGACUACGACAAAGUGAAGACGAUGAGACAGGACGUACCAGAGAUAUCCCCGGCCGCCGCGCGCCGGGCACACUUGCCCCGCGUGGACUUACCUGAUGAUUGCCAGCAACCUGAUAGUAAGAACCCAGAAGAUGUGACCUUCGGUUGCCAUCGGGUUGCACCCAAAUUUCAGGACGGUUGCGAGUAAUUUUGGACAGUUUAUUUAAUAAAUAUUUUGUAUUUUAACU